AUGGCUGACGCUGCAGUCGAGCUACCUUAUCUGUCUUCGCAUUAUGCGAUUCCAGAAUCGACGCUCUCUACCUUGACGCAGGCCCCGACCGUCGACCUUGUCAAUCAGCUUCUGGAAUCCAUCACAAAGAAAGCGCACGAGUACGAUGAGCUGAAGUCGGAUAAGCUUCGUUUGGAGGUCGAGCUCGAGAAUGCUGUCCGGAGCAAUGAAUCCAAGAUCAAGGUCUUGAAAAACACGGUGGAAAAAGGCCACGCCGAGGUUGAGGAUUUAAGAAAGAAGUUGCAUGAGUCAGAAAACGCUCGCUCUACCCUGGAAUCAGAGAUCUCUACGCUCAAGUCUUCGUCCACAUCCAGCGAAUCCGAGGUGAACUCGCUGAAAUCGCGCAUCUCGUCCCUCGAAGCCUCGAAUCGGGACACGCUCGCCUUACUCGAGUCCAAAUCCGCGGCCCAUGAUAAGCUGGCCGAGGAACUCUCUGCUCAACACAGGAAAACAAUCGAGCUGCGACGCGAACUUUCUACCGCGGAGCAGAAUUUGCAAAGUGCCAAUGCCGCAACCGCGACUGCGCGAUUCCGCGAACAGAGUCUUCAACAGGAAUUGGAUCUCACCAAGAAGAACAAUGAAUGGUUUGAGACCGAACUCAAGACCAAGUCUGCCGACCACAUCAAGUUCCGCAAGGAGAAGAGUGCACGGAUUUCGGAGCUUCAGCGUGAAAAUGAAGAAGCAAAUACAACCAUUGACUCUUUGAGGCGCAGUGAGAAUUCCCUCAAGAGCCGCCUUGACGACACUGAGCACCGAUAUGAGGAGUCGCUGGCCAGUAUCCACCAGCUCAAGGAAGAAGCAAUCCAGGCCGCCGAGUCUUUCCGAAUCGAAUUAGACAGCUCCAACAGACUGGCUGAGUUGCAAGGAUCUUCGGCACAGACCGCCAAACAACGUGUGCAAGAGUGCCAGCUCGCACUGGAGAAGGCCAAGGAUGAAGCAGCACAAGAGAUUUCGCGACUGCGCGUUGAAAUGGAGGCCGAGCACACCGACAAGCAAGCUGCCGAGCGUCGCGUGGCCGAGCUUGAAGUCACUGUCUCUCAGCUCGAGGCCGGUGGAGCUAGACCCAGGUCGAUGAGUCCUGCUCGCUCUCUGAAUGGAAUUGGACCCAGUACCCCCACCCGACCUGGAACCCCCAGUGGUAUCUUCUCGCCUCGGGCCUCUCGUGGCAAGGGCGGUCUCACGCUCACUCAGAUGUACACCGAAUACGACAAGAUGCGCACUCUUCUCGCCGCGGAACAGAGAACGACCACGGAACUCCGUUCUACGCUGGAUGAAAUGGUUCAGGAGCUCGAGUCUAGCAAACCGGAGAUUGAUGAAUUGCGCGCAGAUCACAGCCGCCUGGAAGACGCGGUUGUGGAGAUGUCAAACCUCCUAGAGGCGGGUACCAAAGAUAAGAAUGAGGCCACCAAGGAAGCGAGGAAAUGGCAAGGCCAGGUUGAAGGAUUGGCUCGUGAGGGCGAUAUCCUUCGCCAACAACUUCGGGAUCUCAGUGCGGAAGUCAAGGUUUUGGUCCUCGAAGUGGCCAUGGCCAAGCAGGGCGAGAAUUAUGAUCGCGAAGAACUCGAGACUAUUGCACGCAAGGAAAUCGAGGAGUCUGCAGCCGAACUAACCCCAACUGGCCGCUUCAUCAGCCGAAAUCUGACUACGUAUCAAGAUUUCCAUGGGCUCCAAGAACAAAAUGUCACGCUUCGUCGCAUGCUGAGGGAGCUCGGUGACAAGAUGGAGGGCGAAGAAGCGCGCGCCCAGGCUGCUGUGCGUCAGCAGGAAGCCGAAGAACUCAAGGAACUGAGGACCCGCUCCCAGACCUAUCGUGACGAAAUCGCCAGUCUCGUUGCUCAGACCAAGAGCUUUGUCAAGGAGCGCGACACUUUCCGUAGCAUGUUGGUCCACCGACGACAAACGGUUGGAGACCCGUCCGUGUUCUCGCAGUCCGUCCCGCUUGGCGUUGUGCCCCCAGGCGCCACGGAAAGCCAAUCGAGUGCACCCGACUACGCUGAGCUCCUUCGCAAGGUGCAAGCUCACUUCGACACUUACCGAGAGGAGACAUCUACGGACCAUACGGCGCUCCGUCAACAAGUGAACGAGUUGUCAAGGAAAAACAGCGAGCUCUUGAGCGAAAUCAGUCGCUCUAGCAGUCAACUUGCUGCCGCUUCCUCACGCGCCGAGCUUCUCCAGAGCAAUUUCACGAUGCUCAAGAGCGAAAACAGUGAAUUGCAAAAACGAUACUCCACCCUCUUUGAGAAUGCAAACCGCCAAGACAUUCGCACACAGCAAGCCGCCGAAGAUCUUGUCGAGGCCAAGGGUCUUGUGGAAAGCCUUCAACGGGAAAACGCAAACCUCAAAGCCGAGAAGGAUCUAUGGAAGAAUAUCGAGAAGCGUUUGAUUGAGGACACUGAGACUUUGCGCAACGAGCGCAGCCGCCUUGAUGCUUUGAACGCAAAUCUCCAAACUAUCCUAAACGAGCGUGAACACGCAGAUUCAGACAGUCGCCGCCGUCUACAAUCGAAUGUUGAAACGCUCGAGGCUGAGCUGCAAUCGACCAAGCGCAAGCUCAACGAUGAGGUGGAAGAGUCGAAAAAGGCCACUCUGCGACGUGAAUACGAGCACGAACAGAGUCAGAAACGAAUCGAUGAUUUGGUGACCAGUCUGGGCUCGGUCCGUGAAGAAAUGGUUGCCACCAAAACAUCUCGAGAUCACCUUCAAUCUCGCGUGGACGAAUUGAUUGUCGAGUUGAAGAGCGCCGAAGAACGCCUUCAGGUCUUGCAGUCGCGCCCCAGCGUUUCUGCCGCCCCUGCCGAAACCCCCGUUGUUGCACAGGAGGCCGGCGAAGGUAGCGGUUUGACUCGUGAGCAGGAACUGUCCAUGGAGGUUUCUGAACUGAAACGUGACCUAGAGCUCGCCAAGGGUGAACUUGAGCAUGCCAAGGAACUGUCUGAAGAGUACCAGGCCAUCAGCCAAGGGUCCGAAGAACGCCUCCAGUCUGCCACUGAGACUCAGGAACAGUACCGCGAGGAGACUGACCGUCUUAUGGAGGAGAAGAACAAGAAGAUACAGGAUCUGGAGACUCGGAUUGAGGAGAUUUCAACGGAAUUAUCUACUACAAACACCGAGAUGUCCAAGCUCCGUGAGGAGCAGGGCGAAGCGACGCGCCGCCUUGACGAGCAGAAGGCCACGUAUGAGUCGGAAAUUACUCGACUGAAAGACGACAACGAACGACACAUUGCUACUGCGCAGUUCCACCAAGAGGACCUUAAGGCACAAGCCGAAAUUUCACAACACGCGCAGCAGAACUACGAGAGUGAACUCGUCAAGCACGCUGAAGCCGCCAAGAAUCUACAAAAUGUCCGCGCUGAAGCCAAUCAGCUACGUCUUGAUAUGGCUGAAGUGCGAACUCAAUCCGAGACGUACAAGAAGGACCUGUCUCAAAAGGAGGAGAGCUGGGCCGAACAGAGAGCCCGAUAUGAGGGUGAACUCACCGAACUUCAGAAGCGACGCGAAGAGGUUCUCCACCAAAACUCCUUGUUGCACACACAACUCGAAAACAUCAGCAGUCAAAUUUCUGCGUUGCAACGCGACCGCACCAACAUCUCUGAAGAGGGAGAACAGGAAGGAGAACAGGCAGCGCCGAACCUGGAGGGUAUGCAGGAGGUCAUCAAGUUCCUUCGUCGCGAGAAGGAGAUUGUGGAAGUCCAGUACCAUCUCUCCACACAAGAGAGCAAGCGUCUACGCCAACAACUGGAUUACACUCAGUCUCAACUCGACGAGACACGACUCAAACUUGAACAACAGCGUCGUGCUGCGGCAGAUACCGAGCACAACGCCCUGAACCACAACAAACUUAUGGAUACGCUCAAUGAGCUCAACCUCUUCCGCGAGAGCAGUGUGACGCUUCGCAACCAGGUCAAACAGACCGAGGCCGCCCUCGUAGAAAAAUCAAACCGCGUGGAUGAGCUUGUCCAGCAAAUCGAACCUCUCGAAAUCAAGAUUCGCGAACUGGAGAACCUUGCAGAGGCCAAGGACGGUGAGAUGCAAUUGCUGCACGCGGACCGCGAUCGUUACCAGCAACGCAUUCAGAAUAUUCUCCAGAAGUACGACCGCGUCGAUCCUGCCGAAAUGGAGGCACUGAAGGAGAAGCUUGCAACACUCGAGAAGGAGCGGGAUGAAGCUAUUUCUGUCCGGGAUACUCUCCAGGCUCAGGCGACGACCCUCCCCGAGCAGCUCAAGCAUGCCGGCGAGGAUCGAGUGCAGGAGCUGCGAACGAAGCUCACAGAGCAAUUUAAGGCCCGGUCUAAGGAGCUUACUGGACGUCUCAACGGCAAGCAGUCGGAGCUGGUUACGGCUUUGCAGGAGAAGGAGGUUAUUCAAGAGGAGUUGAAAACGACGAAGGAGGAGUUGGAAGGUGUCAAGGCUAAGAUGGCUGAGACGCCCGCUGGACCGCCUGCCGUGGCGCCGGCUGCGGCACCCGCCCCGAUCUCAACGGAAACGGCCCCGGUUAACCCGACACCCGCCUCUCAAUUCCCCGCCCCGACGACACCAAUUGCCGUUCCUGGUGACGAGGAGAAGGUCAAGGCCCUGGAAGACAAGAUCCAGCGCCUGGAAGCAGCUCUUGCCGAAAAGGAUGGGUUGCUGACAGCGAAGGAUGCCGAGCAAGACGCGCGGAUCAAGGAACGAGCCGACAAGCUCAAAGAAACCUUCAACAACAAGCUGGCCGAGGUCAGAGCCGCCCAUCGCCAAGAGAUUGAGCGACUCUCUGCCGGUGAACAAUCAGCCCCUGGUACACCAGGGGCGGCUACGGAACAGGCACCUGCAACACCGUCGAAGACAAUUGAGCUGCCCGAGUUGACUGAUUCGCAAGCAAGAGAGCUCGUUGCUAAGCACAAGACCAUCAACACAAUUGUGCGGAACAACAUUCGCAACAUGGUUACCAAGGAGAAAGAAAAGAACGAGGCCCAGGCAGCUGCAAACGCUGAAUCUCUUGCCCAGCUCGAGCAGAAAUUUACCGAGGAAAGAGAGGCAGCCAAGAAGGCUUACGAAGAGGAGCUGGGCGAGAAGAUCAAGUCCGCCGUUGAGCUUUCCGACAAGAAGUCUCUUGCGCGGAUUAGCAUGCUUGAUACCCGAAUCCGGACUGCCCAGGCAAAGAUCGAUGUCGUUCAAAAGGCUGCCGCAGAGACGCCGCAGAAGCCCGUGGUCGAGGUGUGGGAGGUUGCAAAGACUGCUCGACCCGCCCCGUCAGCUGCUCAAACACCCAAGCCAACUGCAGUGGCAUCUCCGGCACAGCCUGCAUCUCCCGCGCCUUCUGCUGCCACUCCCGGUGCAUCCGCGCCCUCGCCCGCACCUGCACCGGCUGCUACGGCUAGCCCAGCACCAGCUGCAGCCCAACCGACUGGCCCUCCUGCUGUCCCAGCGAACAAGCCACCACCGUCACAGCAAGUAGACGAAACCCCAGCCGCAGUUCCUGCCAAUCCAUUUGGCCAACUGCAGCAAAAUCAGCAAUCGAAGCAGCAGCCUUCGACACUGCCCAGCAAGCCUCCUGCUGGCAAUGCCCCUGGUAUGCUUAAGGCACUCCAAUCUGGACUGCCAGUCGCUCGAGGUGGACGUGGCGGCCGCGGUGGUGUCCAGAACAACCCCUUUGGGCACGCCCAACAGCAGCAGGGUGAUCAGCAACAGCAACCAGCCCAAAACCCUAGCCAGCGCGGCGCCGGAGUGGCGCGUGGUCGGGGCGGACGUGGUGGUCAGGGCCGUGGCGGUAACCAAAACGCUAGUCCUGCCCAGCAGCAGGGACAAGGACAGCCCAGCCCCUCGGCCAACCGUGGUGCCUUGAAUGCGUCAGCUCGGCAGUUUAUUCCUCAGGGCAACAAACGCUCUCGCGAGGAAGGGUCUGAUGCUACCAAUGAGGGUGGCAGUGGUGGAAAGAGAAUGAGAGGGGGCGGUGGACAAGCCCGUGGCGGUGCUUCUUGA